AUGCUGUUGUGUCGGCGGGAAUUAGAACUAGGCUCUCUUGCCCGCCACAAAAAAGUUACACGUGUCAUCCAGUAUGUUCUACAGGUUACCGACCGGAAACGUAGGCAUUAUUUAAAGGCGGGAAAACAAUUAGGGGCUAGUAGAUAUUUUUGGUUUGCGAAAAAAAAUUAAUUAAUUAUCAUGGUUUAGUAGUUAGUUAAUUCGGCAACAGCUGGCCCCUUUUGGCCCAAUCCUCCAUCGUCUGCCCAACACGUUUCAAUGGCGUUACUUUCUCUCUCCUCUCUCAGUCCUCUCGCUCCGCCAUGUCCGUCUUUUCCUCUGCAACUUCAAACGCGAAUCUCUUUCUCUCGUGCCAGAAUCGGAGCGUCUUCGACUUCGUCUCCGUCGACUUCGCAAGUGAUUCAGCAUGCUUCUUCAAAUCCGAAAGUCGUCGUCACCAGAGAACGAGGCAAAAACACCAAGCUUAUUGACGCUCUGGCCGAACAUGGGAUCAAUUGCUUGGAACUUCCCCUUAUUCAGCAUUCACAAGGGCCUGACUCGGAUAGGCUUGUUUCUGUUUUAAGCGCAGAAACGGCGUUUGACUGGAUUGUCAUAACUUCACCUGAAGCUGGUUCAGUCUUUCUUGAGGCAUGGAAGGCAGCAGGAACACCAAAUGUUAGGAUUGGUGUUGUUGGAGCUGGUACUGCAAGUAUAUUUGAGAAUCUAAAUCAAUCAUCAAAGCAAUCACUUCAUGUUGCAUUUGCACCAUCAAAAGCAACAGGCAAAGUUUUGGCUUCAGAGCUUCCAAUGGAUGGGAAUAAGAGAUGCACUGUCUUAUAUCCAGCUUCAGCGAAGGCUAGCAAUGAGAUUGAAGAAGGCUUGUCUCAUCGUGGAUUUCAGGUUCUGAGGCUAAAUACUUACACAACUGUACCUGUUGAUCAUGUUGACCAUAUUGUCUUGGAGAAGGCCCAAUCUGUGCCAGUUGUUGCUGUUGCUUCACCUUCUGCGGUUCGAUCUUGGGUCAAUCUCAUUUCAGAGCCUGAUUCUUGGAGCAAUGCAGUGGCCUGUAUUGGAGAGACAACUGCCUCCGCUGCAAAAAGAUUAGGAUUGAGAAAUGUGUAUUUCCCGAUGCAGCCUGGACUUGAUGGAUGGGUUGGUAGCAUCCUUGAAGCCUUAAGGGCUCAUGACAAAUUUUAGGAUUGAAAGAUAUCAAGGUCCCUGUGGAAACUUCAGCACGGAGUGAAGCAGAACCACAAGCAUUUCUAAUUCUUUGUGAGCCACAGGCCAUUAAGUGAAGAAAGUUUUUCCAAGUUAAAGGGUUGGAAUUUGUAGAAAUUUAACAUUUUGAAGGUACAUAUCCAUUUGGAGGCUGCAGUACUGUAUUUUGAGGUCAGAUGAGAGGCUAUUCAAUUCAUGUUAUCAGAACUUGUACAUGCAUUUUCUCACUGUUGCCCAUUCAUUUGACUCAAUGUCAGUUGUGUUGAAAUUGAAUUGGGAGCAUUUCCACUCCAUGAAAUCUGAUAAGCAGUUAGGAGAGUUUAUCAAUUGAAAUUGUAAUCAUAUUUACUCUGCCUUCUAAGUUGUAUGGCAUUUUUUGUGCAUUCUUUUAUGAUAAUAAUAAAAAUCUCUUCAACUUAAAAA